AUGUCCGACGCACAAACACGCUCUCAAACAGCCUUGAAGGAGUCAAUUCUUGGAGAAAUUGAAUCUGCCCUAGGUCCUCGCCUUGAAGAGAUGUACAACCGCCAUAAUGAUCUGGAGGAAAAGAUGGACAAACAGCUCCACAAGAUAGAUAAAGACUUAGCUGGUAUGUUCGACGCGAUUCGUUCGUUGUCCGAUAACGUCGCUUCUUCGUCGCCUAAUCCCUCUCCUGACAACAACUCACCAUCGUUCUCACCUCCCGGACCUACUACUACUCAUGAUUCCCACCGUCCUCGCCCUACUCCUUCUACACCUUACUCAGGAAUGACACGACUUGCUAAGAUAGAGUUCCCAAGGUUUUCUGGUGAUCGAUUUCAAGAGUGGCUCUUUCAAGCCGAACAAUUCUUCUCCAUUGACAACACACCGGAAGACUUGAAAGUCAACAUCGCUUCAGUUCACUUCGAUGGUCUUGCCGCUAAUUGGCAUCAAUCGAUUGUGCAAUCUGAACUUGGUCAAUCGGUUCUCUCUAGCUGGCCCGCUUACAAACUACGACUACACGAACGUUUUGAAGAUAUUUUGGACGACCCUAUUCUAGAGUUAAAGCGUUUACAAGAGACUAACGGCAUCGUUGAGUACCAUGGCCGGUUUGAACUCUUGCGUACUCGAGUGAACUUCUCUGAAGAUUAUUUAGUUCGCCAUUACUUAGCUGGUCUCCAAACAGAAACGCAGAUGCAUGUGCGCAUGUUCCAACCAACCUCUGUUCGUCAGUGCUUACUUCUUGGGAGGUUGUAUGAACAAGCUCAUCCCAAGAAACCUCAGUUCUUUCGUCGAAAGGAUUCAGAGAUGCGACCUACACAAGUGGAGAAAACGCCUGAAAAGGAAUACGCUCCUCAGAAGUUUCUUACUAAUGCCGAGAUGGUUCAACGUCGGAAGGAUGGCUUAUGUUAUUACUGUCCUGAAAACCUUCAAGGAGUUGCCCUUAAUUUCAGCGUAGAGCGUAAGAAAUUCGUCAGGUUUUAA